GCGCUCGUGACGCCGUAAAGCGUCGCGAUCGGGGGGGGGGGAGGCGCUGUCGUGAAGUCGCUCGCGAGCUCGGCCGAGUUGGGAGUAGCUUGGGCAGAACGCCUCGCUAACCAGGCACCGCCGCCGCUUUAUCUCCUAACAGCUUCGGGCCCUCGCCGCAGCUUCCUGCAUUCUCAGCGCUCGUGCUUGCCCGGCCCUCGCGCAGCUGCUGCGUGGCGAGAAUCUGCACGCGCGCGCCACCGUCGCCGCUUUCGUUGGGCGAAGCAGAGGAGCGGAGCGGCUGAACGCGCUUGCUGUGGUGGUGGUUGUGGUGAGGAGAGGGGAGGGAGGAAAUCCCUGGGAUGAGCCGCGGCGCGCGGCAGUGAGGUGUGGUGGGGGCGGCCGCCCGGCAGACGGAGCGCGCGCAGCAUGAACGAGUCGCCUUCGUACGGCACGACGACCCUGCCCGAGAACACGCCGUUGUUCGGCGAGGCCUCGCGCAGGGAUCGAAUAAUCAACCUGGUCCUUGGCGUUUUCACGUCUCUGCUUGUUGUUACGACGCUGGUGGCUGCGUUCGUCCUUCCCAAGGGUGGCAGCUCGCACAUCCGAGGAGCCAAUGUCUACUUUGCUGUGUGCAUCCUGCUCAAUUGCAUACCGAUGAUCGUGCUCAUAAUCUGGUACCGGUUGGGUGACCUGGAGCCCAAGUUCCGCACUCUGAUCUACUACAUGUCCUUCACCAUGGUGCUGCUCUGCAUCUGUGCCAUUCUCUUCUUCAACAAGGUUGGGGAUUGACGGGGGAGUGGGGGGGGCCUUGGGAGAGGUGAAGUGACGUCUCAAUUAAACACAAGGUUUGCCCGGCGUUGUCUGUUAACACGCUCGCGUGCUCACCAAAAGUGUAAGUGGAUAUUGUUGGGUAACAGUCAACCCUAACGUGACUCGCAUACAAUAGUACAAUUGCAUACAAACGGACCAUCUCAAAUAUAUACGCAUUGUUGAUCACCUUGCUGUGCACUUUGAAUUUUAUUUUUCCAACUGCAUACCGACAAUGAUCCCCCACCCCCCAGAGCUAUUGAUUUCCUUUUUUGUUUCUAUUAAACAAAGUAGUGUGUUAAACAUUACAGUAAAUGUGUGUUUACACUGACAAGUUGAUUCAACGGAUUUAUAAGACCUUUAAUUGCUGGCCAGUUUCUUGAUAGUCAGGUCGGUUGAACAUGUUUAAUUGUUUUGUGGCUUAGCAAGUGAAAAUGUUUUCCUCAAAUAUGGCCGAAAUUCAAACUCUCCUUGCUCAUCCUCUGUCAGCGGUCAUGAACCAUUUGCGAAAAUUCCACAUUUCCAUGGCAAAACCAGUGCUUUGUUAGUCAGCAUAGUAGUCUUUUUAGUUUAGUUGACCUGUUGCUAACGUAGAAAACAAUGACGAAAUUAUCAUUGCGUCCAGUGUGAAUACGGUGAGCAUUGAAUGGCUUCAUAAAAUCCACAGACUGCGACGUCACUAAAAUUCCGUAGGUUAUCGUCGACUGAAAAAUACUAAUGUGCCGACCUAAACAACGCCGGUCAAAACGCACUGCACGAACGUAUGGUGUCCCAUGUUAAUGGUCAGAACUCAUCAAAACGACAGCACGCAAGAGUCCUUUUGUUGCAUGAGGGAUAAGCUAGUGUUAUCUUGCCCAUUGUAUUUCUCACGUGUAAUUGUAAUCUGUUAUGUCACCACAUCUCUUCUUAUUUGUGGCAUUCAAUAAAAUAAACGCUCUUUAGUUUUUUACAUGAUUACACAAGCAAUGUAUCACAAACGGUCUGCUGUGCCAAGUAUUAGGCAUGUAACUAUGCACCAAUUUAAAUCUGAUUGUUAUGCUCAUAGUACAAAUGCUCACGAACCACUUGUACGUGUGAGAAUAGAUUAUUUAUGACUAAUGCAAAAUGUAUGUUGAUCUUAUUUUUGGCGUGAAUGAAAUUGUACACAAAUGAGUCGAGCAAGAUGUCUGCCGACUAUUUUUUUGCUUUCAAAUUUGUGUCCUUGGAAGCCUUAACGUGAACAAUCAUCAUAUAGUGAAACAGGGUAGUGAGUGGGCACUAGGCUUCUCACAAAUGUACUUGUUCGCCUGUCCUCUGCCGUGGGUUCCAGCCAUGUGCUCGCGCAUGCAUGCUAGUCAACAACAAAGCACUGGCCCAUCUAUGCAUUGACUGGGCCACAGCGGUAAAUGUCUCCAGUGCCCUUUUGAUCAAACUCCCCACAGAAUCCACCUGCACUCUGCCUUAACAGUACUUCUGUCCUGUGUGUGAUUCAGAGUUAUUUUUUUUCAUGUUUCCGUCAAUCUGAAUGCUCAUGGCCGUGCCAAAUUGUACGCACCAGAUUUAAAGUGGCUACUCGUUUGGGAUCGGCACGUUAGCGGAUGUGACGCGUACCACGAGGUCAUGACUCGUACCGAUACAUUUUGCAAUCUUCUAUGGCAAAAAUAUGCUAACAAAUCGGCCAUCUGGCCUUCGUCAGUUUAACACUGAACAAGACGUGGAAUGAAAAAUAUUGGCUCUUUAUUCCUCGAAUGCGUUAUGGUUUUUUUUUUUGAACUGACGAGUUGUUAAGUUGUCUGAUCGAGAGCGUGUUUGUGUCUGACGCUGACAACUGGGCCUGAAAUAAGGGACUUUUGUUUAUUGCUGCUGCAAGACUUGCUAAAAAACAAUUACAUGUGUUUCUUCAUCUCUGUGUGUGUGAUCAUAAGCAUCCAGUCAUAUGGCGAUUAUCCAGCAGCCGACACUCGAAUUAAUUUAUUUGUUCAGAUUCUCGAUUAGGAAAAACCAUAUUCGUGACCAUUUUUACUGCACGCAACACAGUUUUGCUGCUGCUGGAUUCUAUCAGACUUGGUCAUGUGUUGAGUUUGGUGGUCUGUUCUGGUCCGCGUGUCGGAGAACUGUUCAGCUUAUAUUGUAAUGCAGCGAGCGUGAAUCGAGUUGAUAAUGUUGUCAUGUAUAGUGUAUAGCCUGAAGAGAUUUAAUAUAAAAUCAUAUUUUUAUUACAGUGACAAUGACAAGGAAGCGGUAACCGGUAAAAUGAUGCGUGCAACAAUCAGCAUGUAAAAUCUAUUUUUGUUAUUGAUACCGUCAAAUACACGACAAGCUAACAUGCACGUGUUCACUGUAUUACACAGCACCUCCAGAAGAAUAUCUGAAUUGUUGUUCACUUUAUAUCGUGUUCCUUGCAAAACCUGUCUUUAGGAGAUGCAAAAUACAUGGAAAUCCUAGAACAGUUGUGCUAGUUUGUGUGAUCGCACUUGGUACCGAAAUAACACUUGAUAAAACACAAACUUGGUAAUGCAAUCAAAUAUGUUUUCUGUUUGUCAAUGUGCUUAACGAUAAAAAAAAAAUUACACUUAACAAUAACCUCACUUGCUUGCUCUUUCAUUCCUGCGACAUGCUGCGUCCACCGACUCGACAGUCCUUUUGAAAAUCUUGACCUAUGGUCAAGAUGUUAAACAUUAUUGACAAACAAGCUCAUGUCCUCUUACGAGUGGAUCUAGAAUAUAAAAAUCUGGCAGCCUUUUUUUUACCAUUCAUGUGUUUUGGCAGUUAACUUUGGUGAUGUUCACACUUCACAAAUGUCUCAUUUUAUACAGAUACCACAAUUUGUAAGUAGGGCAUUUCACUAUGGUUAUGUCAAGAAGAUAAUGUUAUGAUAAUCCCGAAUAAAUGUGUAAUUGGAUGCAUUUGCAAUGUCGCUUACCUACUGCACUGGAAAUUUAUAAUGGGCUCACUUUUAGUCGAGGUGGAAUGAUGAGUUGAUUCAUCCAUUAAUAUUGUUUCCUAAUCUUAUGAUGCACACAUUGAUGUUUAUUUUUUUAUUUUUACCUUUUUGUAUGCAAUGGUGUCGCGUGAUGCUGUAACCAUUGGACACGUUACCAUUCGCAAUUCUUGAAUUCAGUUGCGGCAAUUAAUUGAAGCUCUGGAUGGAAUUGAUCAUUCCAUCCCUAGCUUUGAGCUCUGUAUUACCCCGGUACAGAUAUUCUCAACAAAUUGUGCAUGAACCCUCUAAACGAGCUUCAGAUGCUGGUAAGGGAUUGCCAAAAGCUUACGGAGCCCUCGGUCCAAUUUUUUUUGAGAAUCUCUGUUCUGGCAGGUGUUGUGAUUUUUUUUCCACUCCGUUAAUGGCAAAACAAUUUUUGACACGGCCUGUUUUUUGUCUUAAAAACAGCCUCAAUAAUUCACUGAAUAAGAGAGUAAGUGGAUAUUUACAGAAUGUAUUUUCUGCUGCCAAUCGUAUACCUUGUGGAUGAACGUAUAAACAUAGUCCCUACUUAAUGAACAAAAAAAUCCUGAAAGUAUGGUCUCACAUGACAACCUUGGAUUUGUACACCUGGCCAAAGAGUCAUUUGACAAUCUGCGACAAUGUGCUUGGCAGUGCUGCUUAUACUCACCUUUGAUAUAUUUUUUAUAAGGCUAAAGUGCACGAAUAUUUGUUUAAAGGUGUGAAUAUUUUUGGAGCGGGUGACACAGUGUACUUAGUGGUGGGGCGGUGUGUAGUAUUUUUUUUGUUUCAGUCCAUGUAAUAAAAUAGAUUAACGUUAUGGUAUUAACAGUAUAGGAGUAUGGUUAUGUUUAUACAUUUUUUAAAAUACUAAAUUCAUGCCAUAUCUUACAAGUGUACAACACUUUUUCUACAAACCCAAAGUUUAUGGGCAGUAUUGAGGACACGCUGCCUGUGGGUGAUGUUCAGCAAUGAUUGAUUGAACGACCUUCCUUUAUAACAGGCUCAUCAGCCAGGCUGUCUUCGCAUCUAACUGUCUUGUUUCAGGAAACAGAUAUUGAUUAAGCCUCUGUGCAUAGAACACAUUUACCCCUCUGAAAUGCAUAGCGCCGCUGUCCUUCGAUACACAAGCCCCUUCUGCAUAGUUUCACAAUCGGUCUAUGUGCUCAUCAUUUCCAUUGCUUUGUGAGACAUUUGUCUUGGCAACCAGUUGCAACGUUGCAAGACCGUUACUUUGAAUACAAAGUGUAACAUUCAACGUUAAGUUUGAAUUUGCAAAAGUUUGUCCGAUCCGAAAUGGAAUUGCAAUGUUUAACUGUUCGGUUAAUGCGUGCAAGUAACUGAGUGGCAUGCCACCCCCUCGUGGCAUGCCUUAGUUAUGGAACCCAAACACCGUACGGCACUUUAUAGUAAAAAAAAAACACUAAUUCAAAAUUGGCAUAAUGUGUGUUUAUAAAGGGUUUUAUUGGGAGGGGAUUUGCACUUGGUGAAUAUAAUUAUAUUUUUCUUGGAUUCUAGAUCCAUUGGGGCUGUAUAGAAGCCGCACAAGAGAGAAGUAUAAUCAAGGUUAUUUAUGUUACCCCUUUUCGUGUUCUGCUUGUAAACUGGUACGAGGCACUCGCUCUUAUGCUUCUCAUCUGUCUCUACAUCCAUCCUUGUUGAACAUCGCCAUUCUUUGUUUUUCCCUCUUGGUCUCUUCCUAAAGAAUCCGUUCCCUCGCACCACUAUCUUCACAGUCUCAUUUCUUUCCUGUUUAUAUUUGAAUGGGUUCACGUUUUUCUUCCACCUGAAGUAGCAUCUUAUUAUGAAGUAGCAUCUGUUUUCUUUCUGUCUCGCUUAUUUUCAAAACUGUCUCCAAAUCCGCAUUUCAAAACCCUCCAAUCUCUUUAUGCUCUACAGUACUUUCAUAUUUUCCAUGCCUUUCACAAGCACGUCGCCACACUCCCAACAUAGCUUUUUGUUGUUUUACUUAAAUUUGCUAUCAAAGCGUUUCAUUCGACUUUUUUUCUUUCUCCAGGCUUUAUCAGCAAUUCCAAAUUUUUGCAAUUUCUAAGCACGGAAAGUUGCUCAUCUUCAUUAGUAGACAAACCAGUGAUGAAAAGUCCACUUUCUUAUGACGGAGCUGGCACGUGCAAAUGUUUCAACGAGAAAGGUUACAUGUCAGUUGUUUUGCCACUCGACAGACAAUACCAUUAAACAGAAUAUUCAUCCUUGUUUACAAGCACAAGCGCCUUUUCCCAUAUGUGCACUCUUUCAAUUUGCUAUGAGAAUGGGACAGUUUGCUUAAGAUCAUUGACGUUCACUCCACAACACGACUACCGUUUGGGUUUAUAGGAAUUCAAUUUGAUCCUGUGCCAAAUGAGGUGAGAGCUGAUUGUGAUUUGCUUUCGAUUAAAUUGAGACUUGGGGUAACUAGUUCUAUGCCGUGAUCCUGAGGGUCUGUGCGGUAGUUUUUCAGGUGAAGAUGCAGCUGUGCAUUUACUUCCUCAUGUCACCGCUGGUGGAACAGGGCCUCCACGCGAGGGAGGUGUAGAGGAUGAUUGGUCUCAUGCCAUGCUGACUCGACCUCUGGGUCGAGGUAGGGGGGGUGUACCCAGACUUUACCACACCACGCACGGGCUGCCGAUCGGCUAACUGGUGUACCCAUUUAAACUGAACGUUUGUAAUACGCGCAACGUAAGAUGUAUAAACCUCGUGUUUCUACUGGGAGUUGUUUCACGAACGAUUCUAAAGAUUCAUAGAUGCGUUGUUUUUGCUGCUUGUCGCCAGAGUUUAAAUUCGAUUCGUAUUAACGGCGUAGUACUUCUAUCCACUCUUUCGUAAUUUCCAAAUCAGACGCAUAUUUACAAUUUUGUGACUUAACUGCAGUGUUUUUGAAUCUUAAAACGUAAUUCGUUUUAAGAACUGUGGUUUUUCAGUAGUUCAAUGUUUUUUUACUCGUUUUGUUGAAGGGUUUAAUUGCAUAGCUGUGUGGUCAACUGAUUUUGUACUAAUAAAACACUGAUGCAUUCUUUUAAAACUUUGGUUUUCUUGAAAAAAAUAAAACCAGAAAUGAAAGGCUUGUG